GUCAGUUGAUUUCUGAGAUAGAGUAGAGAGAGAGAGAGAGAGGGAGAGGGAGCGUGUGUGGUGUGGAGAGAGAAACGUAGAAAAGGGUAAGAGAGGCAACUAGAGUCAAUAGACAUGGAAUGUUGGAGUGAUAGCUAGGGUUUCGAACUCAAGUUCUGCGAUUUCACCGUUCCUUUCUCUUUCCGGCCAAAAAGUUUUUGUUUUUCCGGUGAUACCACCGUUAGAUUUGGUUAAAACUUCUACUUCUCGGCGAGAAUUUCGGUUUUUUCGGUGAUAUGACCGUUUGAUAGGCUUAUCACCGUUUGAUUCCCCCGAAAAACUUACUCUCGCCGGCGAAAUUGCCCGGUUUUACUGUGACAUGGGUGAUGAAAUGAUCGUUUAAUCUCUCCAUUUUUUUCGGUAAUCCCGAAUUUGCCCCCAAAUCACGAAUUUUUUUAUUUAUUUAAUUUUUUUAAUCUGUUUGCUGAAAUCAUAGUUGGUUUUCCAAUUGUGGGUUUGGAGCAUUGAUUUUUCUUUGAUCUUUUGUGUAUGUUCUGAGAAAUUUGCAGUAUUGAAGUAUUGAGUGGAUUAUCACUAUUUCUGUUGUGGAGUUCUUUUAACUCUGAAGAUAUUAUUGUGUUCAAUUAUGGUUCUGAAGUUGGAUCAAGUGUUACUUCACUUCCCUUUAUUUAUUGGUUACUCUUAAUGGAAGUGAUUGUCUUCACAUCAUAGCUUGUUUGUGAAGUAGGCUGAUUUUUGUGUGCCUUAAAUUGGAACUCAGUCAUGAGAGUUAUUGUGAUAUAAAAAAAGUUCAAAAGACCUUUUUGUAAAUCAUUUGAUGAUGAUUUUUACUUUAUGUUUUUAAAGUUUUUUUUUUUUUUUUUUUUUCAUAAUUUUAGCCGAAUUUAAAGUUUUUUUGUUUGGAUCCCAUUGACAUUUUGACAUCUUCCCUAAUUUGGUUUUAUUUGCAUUGAUUCUUUUCCUAAUCUGGUGUUGCUGCAAUAGGCAGAACCCACUUGCAAUUCUCGAGCUUUUGGCCGGCCUUGAUUUUGUGCUCCAAUUCGGAGAAUUCUGAAUACCCUUUUUAUCCAAAUUUUGCUCUCUUGGUGUUUGGUGAAAUGGCUGUUUCUUUUACCCGAUUUUCGUGGUGGUUGUGGGGUGGGAAAGAUAAAGAACCUGUUGCUAAUGGGUCUUCGAAAAAUUCUUCUUCGGAUUGGGGUUUAGGUUUGAGGGAACCGGAUGCACAUACAGUGAAAUUUCCAUCCGUUAAGGGGGCGAAGAUGGCCUCUUCGACGAGGAAGGUAAAACGGAAAUGGCAGAGCAGGGAAGAAAGGAGAAUUGACAAGGAGUAUGAUGGUGUGUUGGUGCCAUCAGAUGGCGUUUGUUUGUCGGGGUCUGAAUCCGAUGACUCGGACUGGUCAAUUGGGUGGCUGGAACCGCACGCCCCUGAUUUCCAGAGUGAUGAUGAGGCAGACGACAGUUUUGCGGUGUUAGUUCCUUGCUACAAGCAUAAUUGCAAGGAGUUGGAGGAAGGGCCGAAUAAUCAGUUCUUGAAUGCCAUCAAGAACCUUCCAAAUGAGUAUUCUGCUGAGGGCAAAAAGUAUGUGGAGCAGUGGCUUUCUUCUAUUUAGAAUUGCUGAUGCAUACUGAUUCUUGGUGGCCUGGUUCUUGAUUCUGUGGUGAUCCAUUUGAAGUAAUGGCUGAGAUGUGGUACGGGUUAGAACUUGGGAAAAAAUAUUUCUCUCUCUCUCUCUAUAUAUAUAUAUAAUACAAAUAACAAAAAGAAGAAAAAGAGAAGUUAACAACUGUGUCUGCAGUCUGUGAGGAGUGCAGAUGAUGAUCAACAUAUGUUUAAGUCGAGGGGAAUUUAUUCAGUUGAGAAAACAGGUUCUCUUAUGAUUCAGCAAUGUCAGUGAUGAAGAACAUAUGUAUCUUACUGUUUUUGCUGCACAUUUUCUUAUGUUCUCCAGGUUGUAUGGUGUUAGGGUUAUGUCAACCAUUGCAAGGAGUAACUAGAAAUGUAGUGCAGAUAUUUUGUUUUCAAUACUACUGCUGUAAAUAUAUAGAACAUAUUUAUGCUCCACUGAUAAUUUUUCGUCUCUUUAAUGGUGAGAGUAAGGGUCUUCUGUUCGUUUCU